AUGGGAGCUUCCAUAGUCAUUCGCCAGAGUGAAGACCGCACAGCAUUACGUAUGUACGCAGCCUUGCGACCGACAAAGAUCUACCCAGUACCUCGUUUGCAUGACGCUAAGCGAAAGGAGGUGGACGAUAUAAUAGAGCCGACAGUUCCGAAGGUUCCCGUAAUGGUACAGGCGCGACGAAGCAGCGGAAUUGCGAAGCCUGGCAGAACACACAGAAGAGCGUACGUCGUCAUCUCCCGAGCCAUGCACGCCAGAGGCUACGCCGUCCGUUGGGGAAUAACCCAA